UGUGAUUGCCUCUAAGCUGCUUAAAGAUUAUCACCAUGAGGUAUAUAAGAUGUCAGAAUUCAACAAUGAUGUCAAUGGGGAGGCCAAAGAGACACAACCCAUUUUUUUAGGAGGUGAAAGCAUGGAAAUUAAAAAACAAAUUACAGGAAUGAGAAGAUUACUGAAUGACAGCACUGGGAGGAUCUAUCAGCGUGUUGGCAAGGAAGGAGAGAAGUUAAAAGAAGAACCCCAGGAUUUGGACUCCGUCUGGCCUCAGCGUUUGAACUCCUCUGUUGAGGCCCCACAGAGCCUCCACCCUUCUUCUCGGGGUGCUUGGAGUGAGUUCCCAGCCCAGAGUCAGUUCUCAGGGCAGUCUGGCCCUCGCUCGAGAACCUUCCAGAGUCAGCCCCACACUGCUGGGAGCUCCAAUGGAGAACUUCCAGUGGUAAAUUCAUCAUUUGGAUCAAACUGCUGCACUUGUAACUGCCAGUCAACAUUGCAGGCCAUUCUCCAAGAACUCAAGACCAUGCGGAAAUUAAUGCAAAUUCAAGCAGUUGGAACCCCAAACAGACAACAACCCCCAAUUUCCCUUAUGUGCUCCCAGCGAACUGCUGUCUCACGCAAGAGAAAUAAAAAGAAAAAAGUGCCCCCAAAGACUGUUGAACCUCUUACUGUGAAGCAGAAGCCCACUGUGUUGGAGACUAAGAAGACAGGUGUGGCCUCAGAGCAGUCGUCCCUCCAGGCAGCUGAGCGCACUUCCACGGGGGAGAACCACAUCCUAGGAUUUGGCAUUGUUCUGGAAUCACCUUCUUCCGAUCCAGAAGUGCAACUUGCUGAAGGCUUUGAUGUGUUUAUGCCUAAAUCUCAGCUGGACUCUAUAUUGUCAAACUACACUCGCUCAGGAAGCCUUCUGUUUAGAAAACUGGUGUGUGCGUUUUUUGAUGACAAGACUUUGGCUAACUCCUUACCCAAUGGGAAGAGGAAAAGAGGACUCAAUGACAACCGGAAAGGACUAGACCAAAAUAUUGUGGGUGCAAUAAAAGUCUUCACAGAAAAGUACUGUACUGCUAAUCAUGUGGAUAAGCUGCCUGGCCCGAGAGACUGGGUGCAGAUUCUACAGGAUCAGAUUAAACUGGCCAGAAGAAGGUUAAAAAGAGGCUCAGCAGAGGUAGCUGACGGUGAUGAAAGACUGGACAGCAUCUCUCUACCACCAACAGGUAAAACAGCCUGAGGCCCAGAAACACUAAAUGACUUUCUCAAGGUCUCACAGCUGUUGAUGGCCUCUCGACUCCCAGUCAUUACACCGCAUAGCUUUCUUACACCUAAGCCAAAGCCAGCUUUCCUCGGCAUGUUUCUUAAAGAUCCCAAGAGUUGAUGGAUGUGCUAAUCCCUUCAGGAUUCCAUCUCACUGUCCCAUAGUCUCCACAAUUAGAAUGUCCAUCGUAAGUCCCCGGAAGUCCAGUGCAACUUCAAACUCAUGGAAUUCUUUCUGGAAUAUUGCCCAGCACUGUGAGGUCAUAAUGAAGACAGGAGUAGAAUGGCCCUAUAGGUCUUUUCACUAGACCCUUGACAGAAUUUUAACACAAACUACUAAACAGCAUGAUAAAAAGAAGUACUGUUUAUCAUUUAGGAAAGGGGAAAAAGAAUUCCCAGAUUGGUGCCCAAAAUUUGUAGUAAUGAAAUUAAAUAAUUUUGAUUAGAGUAGCCUGUCUCUUGAUUGCCACUGAAGUAAAACCCCAGUCUGGUGGCUUCUCUGAAUACAAGACUAUUACUAACCUCUCCCUCCUGCGUGCACCCCCAGGAGAUCCCACCUUACUUGUACAGGCGCUUCUUCCUGGGAUUUGAGGCUCACUGGCCAGACUUUCUUUAUCGUGUUUAUUUGAGCUGUUAAAGAUUUAACAAUACUUUUAUUAACUUUAGGUCUUUUUUUUCUUCCAAAUUCAUGUAUAUUGAGGAGCGUUGAGGAGAGUGUAAAUGUAUGAAUCAGAAUCUAACAGGUCAGAGUUAUAGUCUGGCAGCCAAAUGACAUUUGUUUCGAUCCAUUUCAUUUAAGCAAACUUCUGUGUCUAGACUUAACAAAAAUGGAUAGAGAUUUUAUAGUGGGAAAACAUUUUCCCUCAACCCUGUCAGUGAGCAUUUUGGAGCAGCUCCCAGGAAUCAGCACUGUGUUAGGUUGUGGUGAACAAACACCCGCCCUCAGAGCCCCGCCCACUGUGACAGGCAGAGGCCAGCCACCUGCAGCCAGGUGUGGAGAGUGCGGCUGAUGGCAAAAACCUUCCAGGACUUGGGGACAAUUUGUGGUGGGGAAAAAGAGCAUAGAGAAAGUAAAAUCGUAACAGUGCUUUCUAAAAUGUGAUAAGGAGGCCUCUGAAUUUGAAAUAGAGUAGUGCAGAGCUCAGUUGGGCCUACCAGUCUUAGUCAUCAAUUGGCUUUUCUUCACAUACAUUUUAAACAUUAAUAAAGAAAAGUGUAAGGGAGAAAAUGUAAAUUAAUUUUACCACCCAGAGACAAUCAUUACUGGGUAUUUUUCCCCCCAGACUUUUCUCUAUAUUUGAUUUAGCCAAUGGAGAUCAAAUAUAUAAAAUUUUGUUUGCUGAGUUGGAUUUUUUUUAACCUAAUAAGCACUUUUAAUUUUAAUUGAAAAAUUACCAUUUUUCAUACACGUAUGUAUUUGAAUAGCUGCAUGAUAAUCUGUUUUACAGGUAAAUCAUAUUUUAUUUGGCUCUUUUCUGUUACUGGACAACAUAUGGACAUUCUCUAAUAGUGAUACACAUUCAAGGGCUUCCUUGCAAAAAUAAUCAUUACAAAUUUCUAAUGGCUAACAUUGUUUAUUUAGCACAACUAAAGUCUUGGCUAAAACUUUGUGAUUUAAACAUGAAACACAGAUACCUCACCCACAACAUUCUUCACGUAUACAAACUACCUCUAGCCAUGUCAUAGGAAAGUGUGCAACUGCCUUCAGAGAAGUGCCCCCUUCAUUUUCUUUCUCUGUUGUAGGUAAUAUAUUUGACACCAGGAGAGAAAACAAGGAAGACACAGAGCCAGAUUUCACUGCCUAGACUUUCAUUUAGUGAC